ACUGAGCAUUGCGUGCAGCGGCCUCACGGACCGGUACAGACAAACCAUCCAAGAUGUCUUCCUCCAUGGGCAGCGGGAUGUUCCCCGGCCAGCAGCCCGCUGGUCCUCACCCUGUCGGCGGCCCGGGUCAGCCGGGACUACUGCCCGGAGGAGCUCCAGGGAACAGGGUCCAGGGCCCCAACACUCUGGUAGACGACCUGGAGGCUUCUUUCGAGGUACGAGAGCGACUACUCUGCUGUCCCGGUGUGAUGCUAGCUAGCCUAGCCUAGCCUAGCCAGCCGUGGUAUAGCUAACGUAAUGAUGCUAGCCUAGCCAGCCGUGGUAUAGCUAACGUAAUGAUGCUAGCUAGCUAGCCUAGCCAGCCGUGGUAUAGCUAACGUAAUGAUGCUAGCUAGCCUAGCCAGCCGUGGUAUAGCUAACGUAGUGAUGCUAGCUAGCCUAGCCAGCCGUGGUAUAGCUAACGUAAUGAUGCUAGCUAGCUAGCCUAGCCAGCCGUGGUAUAGCUAACGUAGUGAUCAUAGCUAGCGCACCACACUGUUUGUCUACUAACUAGAUAGCGCUAGCUGACUGCAUACCAAACUUAUGUCUGUGGUUACUGCCCAGUAUGUCAGCUAGUUACAAAGCUACCGUUCUUUUGAAAAUGUAACCAGCUACCUAAAUGAAGCAUAGCCUUUGGACUGCCUGGCGUUACCGAAGCCAGGUAACGUUAAGUAGUUAGCUAACGUUAGUUACGUUGUGUCUGCAGGCAUGCUUUGCUAUACUAUGCUGGGUUGCCUGGACACUGAAUUCGCACAUUACAUGUAAUGUUACGCUAUAGCUAGCUAAAAGUACAGGAUCUCUGGCGUAUCGGUAAUGCAGCUAGCUAAGUGCUAGCAGCGAACUGUUAACCCAGUUGUCUUGUGUCAGCAGGCUUGCUUUGCGUCCCUAGUAAGUCAAGACUACGUGAACGGAACCGACCAGGAAGAAAUUCGGACAGGUGAGACCUGUAAAGCUAACGGCCCAAAUGGCACCCUAUUCCCAGACAAGCUCCUAGGUGACCAACAAACGUCCUCCCACCAGGAUAGCUACAGGGUAUGCAUGGUUUUGCUCCAGCCCUGUUUCUAACACACCUGAUUUAGCCAAUCAGGGUCCAGAUGAGCAGCUGGUUGGUGGAAUCAGGUGUUUUACAGUGGGGCUGCAGCAAAAGCCUGCACACCCAGUAACUCAGGAGGAGGAGGGUUGGCCAGCCUUGGGGAAGUUAGCUAGUUGCAUUGUAAACAGUUUGAAACACAUUCAUAUUUCAUCACUUUGCUUAUCUAGCCACAGUUACCUGGCUUACAUGUCUGUCUCGCUAACCUGUCUGUCUUGCUAACCUGUCUGUUUCUCUAGCUGUCUCUGUGUCUGUCUGUCUCUAACCUACCCGUCUGUCUCCCCAGGUGUGGAUCAGUGUAUUCAGAAGUUUCUGGAUGUUGCCAGACAGACAGAAUGUUUCUUCCUGCAGAAGCGUCUUCAGCUAUCAGUCCAGAAACCUGAGCAGGUGGUCAAAGAGGUAGGUGAUAGUGUACACCAGGGGUAUUCAAAUCUUACCCUACCAGCCUUUCUGUUCUACCAGAUCAUUUAAUAGCACUCACCUGGUGUCUCGGGUCUAAAUCAGUCCCUGAUUAGAGAGGAAGAAUGGGAGAAAAAACACCAGUGGAACUGGCUUCUAGUUCCAGAUUUGAAUUUGAUGGCUCAUGAUGGAGGAGGGCGAAGUCGCCCCUAGAUGCUGAUCUGGGGUCAGUGUUUCAUUUCCCCACUAAUGGAUAAGGUUAGGAUUGGGGGAGGAGAAGCUGAUUCUAGAUCUGGGGUCAGUGUUUCAUUUCCCCCACUAAUGGAUAAGGUUAGGAUUGGGGGAGGAGAAGCUGAUUCUAGAUCUGGGGUCAGUGUUUCAUUUCCCCCACUAAUGGAUAAGGUUAGGAUUGGGGGAGGAGAAGCUGAUUCUAGAUCUGGGGUCAGUGUUUCAUUUCCCCCACUAAUGGUUAAUGUUAGGAUUGGGGGAGGUGAAGCUGAUUCUAGAUCUGGGGUCAGUGUUUCAUUUUCCCCACUAAUGGUUAAUGUUAGGAUUGGGGGAGGAGAAGCUGAUUCUAGAUCUGGGGUCAGUGUUUCAUUUUCCCCACUAAUGGUUAAUGUUAGGAUUGGGGGAGGUGAAGCUGAUUCUAGAUCUGGGGUCAGUGUUUCAUUUUCCCCACUAAUGGAUAAGGUUAGGAUUGGGGGAGGAGAAGCUGAUUCUAGAUCUGUACAAAGGGGAAAAUGCUCCCUGGAGCUCUAUGUAUGGGGGGACUUCACCAGUAUAGUGAUAUUCUGGUGUUAGGACGGCCACCCACCGCUAUUAACAGCUGAUCCAUCUCUCCUCCCUCUUUCUCCUCCCUCUUUCUCCUCCCUUCCUCUCUCCCUCCCUCUCCUCUCUCUCCUCUCUCCCUCCCUCUCCUCUCUCCCUCCCUCUCUCUCUCUCUCUCUCUCCCUCUCCUCUCUCCCUACCUCUCCUCUCUCCCUCCCUCUCCUCUCUCCCUCCCUCUCCUCUCUCCCUACCUCUCCUCUCUCCCUACCUCUCCUCUCUCCCUACCUCUCUCCCUACCUCUCCUCUCUCCCUCCCUCUCCUCUCCCUCUCCAGGAUGUGUCUGAGCUGCGGAAUGAACUCCAGAGGAAAGAGCUGCUGGUCCAGAAACACCUGUCUAAGCUUCACCACUGGCAGCAGGUACGUCCUCUCUCCUCCGUGACCCGGGCAACCGAUAAGUGGUUGAGGAGUCUGUACAUUUGUUAGUAGGCAAACGGAAGAUGGUCCUCCCCUCCUCGAUAGCAUCCUUUUGGCGAGGAAGCACAAGUGUAUCCUACAUGAGUCCUUCACGGAAGAGUUUGGAAAUCUGCCGCACCCCCUUUUUCGAAAGGAGGCGAGAGAAGACUGAGGAGUUGAGCAAAAGCCCAUGGUCUACUUCGCUGGCACAGUCCCGCCUCUCCCGCAUCACUUCCUGGAUCCAGUCUCAUACUGUUUUUGAAUGGGCUUCAAGAUUAUUACAUUUACAUUUUAGUCAUUUAGCAGACGCUCUUAUCCAGAGCGACUUACAGGAGCAAUUAGGUGUUAAGUGCCUUGCUCAAGGGCACAUCGACGGAUUUGAUUGUAUCAUAGAAUUCAUGAAAAUGUGGUCAUUUUAAGAUGUAUAUGAAAUUCUAUUUGUAUAUACAGUACCAGUCAAAAGUUUGGACACACCUACUAAUUCCAGGGUUUUUCUUUAUUUUUACUAUUUUCUACAUUGUAGAAUAAUAGUGAAGACAUCAAAACUAUGAAAUAACACAUAUGGAAUCAUGUAGUAACCAAAAAAUUGUUAAACAAAUCAAAAUAUAUUUUAUAUUUGAGAUUCUUCAAAGUAGCCACCCUUUGCCUUGAUGACAGCUUUGUACACUCUUGGCAUUCUCUCAACCAGCUUCACCUGGAAUGCUUUUCCAACAGUCUUGGAGUUCCCACAUAUGCUUAGCACUUGUUGGCUGCUUUUCCUUCACUCUGCGGUCCAACUCAUCCCAAACCAUCUCAAUUGGGUUGAGUUUGGGUGAUUGUGGAGGCCAGGUCAUCUGAUGCAGCACUCCAUCACUCUCCUUCUUGGUCAAAUAGCCCUUACACAGCCUGGAGGUGUGUUGGGUCAUUGUCUUGUUGAAAAACAAAUGAUAGUCCCACUAAGCCCAAACCAGAUGGGAUGGCGUAUAACUGCAGAAUGCUGUGGUAGCCAUGCUGGUUAAGUGUGCCUUGAAUUCUAAAUAAAUCACAGACAGUGUCACCAGCAAAGUACCAUCACACCAUAACACCUCCUCCUCCAUGCUUCACAGUGGGAACCACACAUGCGGAGAUCAUCUGUUCAUCUACUCUGCGUCUCACAAAGACACAGUGUUUGGAACCAAAAAUCUCACAUUUGGACUCCAGACCAAAGGACAGAUUUCCACCGGUCUAAUGUCCAUUGCUCGUGUUUCUUGGCCCAAGCAAGUCUCUUCUUAUUGGUGUCCUUUAGUAGUGGUUUCUUUGCAGCAAUUCGACCAUGAAGGCCUGAUUCACACAGUCUCCUCUGAACAGUUGAUGUUGAGAUGUGUCUGUUACUUGAACUCUGAAGCAUUUAUUUGGGCUGCAAUCUGAGGCUGGUAACUCUAAUGAACUUAUCCUCUGCAGCAGAGGUAACUCUGGGUCUUCCAUUCCUGUGGCGGUCCUCAUGAGAGCCAGUUUCAUCAUAGCGCUUGAUGGUUUUUGCGACUGCACUUGAAGAAACUUUCAAAGUUCUUGAAAUGUUCCGUAUUGAAUGACCUUCAUGUCUUAAAGUAAUGAUGGACUGUAAUUUCUCUUUGCUUAUUUGAGCUGUUAUUGCCAUAAUAUGGACUUGGUCUUUUACCAAAUAGGGCUAUCUUCUGUAUAACCCCCCUACCUUGUCACAACACAACUGAUUGGCUCAAACGCAUUAAGAAGGAAAGAAAUUCCACAACUUAACUUUUAAGAAGGCAUACCUGUUAAUUGAAAUGCAUUCCAGGUGACUACCUCAUGAAGCUGGUUGAGAGAAUGCCAAGAGUGUGCAAAGCUGUCAUCAAGGCAAAGGGUGGCGAUUUUAAAGAAUCUCAAAUAUAAAAUAUAUUUUAAUUUGUUUAACGCUUUUUUUGGUUACUACAUGAUUCCAUGUGUUAUUUCAUAGUUUUGAUGUCUUCACUAUUAUUCUACAAUGUAGAAAAUAGUAAAAAUAAAGAAAAAGCCUUGAAUGAGUAGGUGGGUCCAAACCUUUUGACAGGUACUGUAGGUGUUAUAAUAACGUGUCUGUAGGUUCUGGAGGAUGUCAGGUCCAGCAUCAUGAUAACAUGUCUGUCUGUAGUUAAUAUAAUGUCUGUACUGUCUGUAGGUUCUGGAGGAUGUCAGGUCCAGCAUCAUGAUAACAUGUCUGUCUGUAGUUAAUAUAAUGUCUGUACUGUCUGUAGGUUCUGGAGGAUGUCAGUGUCCAGCAUCGUAAACCGUCAGACCUCCCGCCACCUGGACCCCUGGCCUUUCUGGAACAGGCUUCUGCUAGUCUGCCCCCUGCACCACUCAAACAGACCUAA